GCGGAAGUACCCCACAUUACUUUAAACCGCCGAGCCUCAACCUCUCUCCCUCCGUUCGCGUUGGGUCUAACCACUGCCUUACCGCCCGUGUGUAUACGCAACCUCACCUCUGCCGAACAUGGGAGCCUGGAGCAUCCCGCCGACUUGAAUAAUCUUGAAUAUCAGCUCCCCGAAUUCCCGUCGCCCACAUCCUCGGAUUCAUCCCCCAGCACCGCCAUUCUCCGGCCGCCGCCGCCAAAAUGCCGCCUCCUUCCUCUACACUCGUGCCCAAGAUCAAAGUCCAGCUCAAGCUGGCCAUCGCGCGCCUGCGUAUGGUGCAGAAGCGCGACGAGGCGCUCUCGCGCACGCAGCGGCGGGCCAUGGCCACGCUGCUCGAGCAGGGCAAGGUCGAGUCGGCGCGCAUCCGGGUCGAGAACAUCAUCCGGUCCGACAUCACGACGGAGCUGCACGAGAUCCUCGAGCUCUACUGCGAGCUGCUGCUGGCGCGCGCCGGCCUGCUCGAGAGCUCCCCCACCUGCGACCCGGGGCUCGAGGAGGCGGUCAAGAGCAUCAUCUACGCGGCGCCCAAGACCGAGAUCAAGGAGCUCGUCGCCGUCCGCGCCCUGCUGGCCGACAAGUUCGGCAAGGAGUUCGUUCUCCAGGCCAUGGAGAACCGGGACGGCCGCGUGAGCGAGCGCGUCAUCAAGAAGCUGAGUGUCGCCCCGCCCAGGGAGGAGCUGGUGCAGGGGUACCUGGAGGAGAUCGCAAAGGCGUACGGGGUCGACUGGCCGCCGGGCCGGAACGGGAAGGAAGACCUGGGGGAACCGCCCGACUUUGUGGACGACGAGGGGGACGCGGACGGCGGCGGCCAAGCGGCGGAGCAGUCGGAGAAGCCGCCGCUGGUUGCCGCCGCCGCCGCCGCCGCCGAGGACGACGAGGAGGCCGGAGCGAGGGAGGAGCUGAGCAAGGCCACGCCGCCAAAGAGUUUCGGGCCCGCGAGCCCGCUCCAUGUCAACCCGCCGAGCAUGUCGACGGACAAUGUCCACCCCAAGGUGACGCUCAAUAAGGUGGAGCUGACGCCGACCAAGAAGCCGGCCGCCGCCGCGGCGGGCAGGAAGCCCGCGGAAAAGAAGCAGAGUAUUUCAGACGGGAUCCCGGACGUGGACGAAUUGGCUAAGCGGUUCGCUGCGCUGAAGAGGUAAAUCUGACUCUGACUCUUCGAUGAGAUGUUGUGGCAGCUCUGAGCAGGGCGCGUCGGCGUUGGUUCUGUUUCCCUCUUUUUUUUUUUUUUUUUUUUUAAUGGUUUUAAUGGUAUGGAGUCUGGUGUUUGUUGUUCCUUGUCUCUUAUUGCACCGGAAAGGGUUUAUUUAUGACAGCACACGGAUUGCUUUCAUGCCCAUGUAUGUUCUAUCUUAACGGUAAGCGAUCAGGGUUGACUACCACGCGGCGGAAGAAAAGGAUGUUGUUGAACAAGAAGAUUGCGAGUGCAGCUCACAGAUCAUUUGAAGACUUCUGACGGUAGAUUGGACCAAAGCAAGGGUUAAUACAAAUGCACUGUGGACAAGCCCAAA